GCUCAGAGAGAGCAUCAUAUAACCAGACAUGUCACGAGCAGGACAGCCGCCUGCAGCUUGUCUACUCCUUGGCAGUGGCUUCACAGACCAUCUCUAUGUUCCCGAUGGGCUUCUUCUUUGAUCGUUUUGGGACUAGAAUGUCUAGGCAUCUGCUCAGCCUCCUGUUACUGAUCGGCUAUUUAAUGAUGGGAUUCAGCUCUCCUCUUACCCCCUUACUCCUGUUCCCGGGGACCAUUAUCUUUACUGUGGCAGGCUCCUUACUCCUCUUCUCAUCAGUGCAGAUUGGUAAUGUUUUCCAAGGAAGGAAAUCUACUGUCAUUUCAUUGAUUAAUGGCGUGUAUAGUUCAUCAACGAUUGUCUUUUUAAUAGCUAAGGCAGCUUAUGAAGCAGGGUUGUCCCUUCGAAUCUUCUUCUCGAUUAUGGCUGGAUCCGUGAUCCUCCUCAGCAUUAACACCUUCAUCAUCCUGCCCGUCAAACGCAUCCCCUGGCCCUACCCCGACCACCAUCGACUGGUAACCUGCUGCACUACAAAGACCGAUCAAGACCAGAAGGGUGUUGCUGGACUCCGCAAUGAAGCAUACGUUAAGGAUCCCGCCGAUGCUAUGGGGUGUUCAGAAGAACCACACGGGGACGGAGUAGGGUUGGACUCGGUUACUGAUACCAACGGAGAAGAACCGGCGAAUCUAAAAGAAGCCCAGAUAAAGUCCAAUGAUGGCUGUUUCGAGGACGAGAAGAGAAGGAAAUAUCCGACAUUUCGCUCAUGUAUAUUAUCGCCGCCAUUUUGGAUGAUACUGUUAUGGCUAGCGAUCCUGCAGCUUCAGCUCAACUUCAUAUUCGGUGCAAUCUACUUUUUCCUCAGCAGGCUAGCCAAUAACGACGGACGACUAGUGAGCCGGUACACCGAUGCAUUCGCGAUCAUCCAGGCUUUGGUGUUCUUCGGGGGGCCUCUCGCUGGUCUUCUUAUGGAUAGGAACAAGCUCCAGACACCAUGCUCUAUCGCCAAGAAACCGAAUGUUCGGGGUCAGUUUGCCGAUUUGCGAGAUAGCUGUCUCCCUCUAGCGGUCACAAGUCUCUCGGCAGUCGGUUACUCGGUAUGUCUCUUGAUACCAAGUCUUCCUCUUCAGUAUCUCACUUUUGUCUUCAUCCUUAUCGUGAGAACUUUUCUCUUUGGGACCGCGCCGGCGGUGACCACCAUCAUAUUUCCCAUGCAGUACUUCGCCAGUGUGUACGGUGCUAUUCGGACUAUGAGUGGUUUCGUAUCCUUCCUGCAGUACCCGAUCUUUAUCCUGAUCCAGAAUUAUUUCAAUGACGACCCUUUCUGGGUGAUCGUCGCCUUUAUCGUAGCCGAUUGUGUGACCCUCAUACUGCCUAUCGCCCUCUACGUCAUGUCAAGAGGAAAGUCCCAUGCAGCUGCAGGCCGUACGAGUGCCGAUCCCGGUAUUGCAGCUGCGUACGGUGUGUAUAAAUGCUGCAUCGACGUACGUCUGUGCAUGUACGAUUCGAUUUGGAACUGGCGCGCCCGAUCGAGGAGCGUAGACUAG